AUGGCAACGAACAGCAAUCCAGUACGGAUUUUUAGCUCCGCAUUUCUUCUGGCCAAGCCGGGACCCCACCGUUCCAGGCUUCUAACUAUAAUUUUCAAGGACGAACGGGCUCCAAAAUGUGCAUCUUUCGAGCUCAUCGCAAAGAUGUACUUGACAAAAGUGAUUCAUAAGGAUGAGCUGGAAAAACUGUAA